GAAAGGUGUGUCGGAAAGAUAACAGAGUCCCAGCUGGGGCCACAGACUGCACUCCAGUUGUCUUUGGUGGUUUUCUGGUACUGACUUUUGAGAGCCAGCUCAUGAUCUCAGGAUGUAUGGAAAAACAAUAAUACUAACUGUAUUACUACUCUCAGGCUAUAGUUCCUCUCAACUAACUACUGAAAGUGUCUCAGUGACUCACGAAUCACCAGUAAGCGCCAUGACUGUUCAAUCACCACAUGUGGUUACCACAGAGGCCUUACCAUUCAACAUUCAUGGAGACGGACUACUUGAACACAUUUUUUCUGCGGGAGAGAUAACAGGGAUUGUGUAUGCAGUAAUGGCUGGUAUCAUCGGAACUAUCCUCUCAAUUGCCUUCUGUAUUAAACGACUAACAAAGAAAACUCCAUCUCCCGUGCAAACUGCACAACCAGAGGACGCAGAUCCUGAAAGUUCUGUAGAAACAAGAAAUCCAGAACAGUAAUUCAUGAGAAUCUGCUCAUCAAGCCAGAUUUUGGAAGAAGUCAAAGACACAAGACUUCAGUCAAGUGAAAAAUGAAUGUGUGAAUUACACACUCCAAUAUAGCGUAUACCUUCCUAAGCUGUACGUACUUCAGGAUGAAAAUUUCAUUGUAAUGAGUCCAGUGACUCAGUGAUGGAAAAUGUCUGUAUUCAUUAGGUGUCUAUUUCAAAAUGUAGAACAAAUAUUUUCUUUCAUGCUUGCCUUUGUGUGUUAGCAUUAUUUUUAUAAUUAAUUGAUUUGGAAUUCUGAUCCCCAAACUUUGGUUGGCUUCAUCCGCAGUUAUUUACAAGUGAUUUAUUCUAUUUUAUUAUACUUUAAUGAUCGUGCUGUCGAAUGAAAGG